AGCUCCUAGGCAGCUCUAGAAGUACAGGACUGAGCAUGCUCCGGAGGAAGGGGCAGCAUUCGAUUGCAAGUAGAGGAAAAUUUUGCACUGCACAGGGCAGCCAGAAGGUGUUCUGGCUUGGAGAGCCCGCCAGCCUCCCGCCUCUCCUCUCUCAGCCCAGUUGCUGGGGUUUUUGCCUCUGGCUCCUGUCCCAGCGCCACCCCUCUCUGGUUCCCUCUUGUGACAGCUUCUCUCCCCGGCCCAAGGCGACUCUGGCAAAGGCUGAUUCCCCCCCCCCCCCCCCCCCUUCGGUCCCCCAAUCUCCCUCUCUCUCCAACGCAUCAGAGCUUGCAGGGACUUUAAUCCUGCCUAGCCACACCGGACAGGAGGUAGGAGCCCAGAGCUUGCGAGCUGUAACCCGCGGCACGGAUCCCAGAAUCCCAGGUCCAGGCAGCCCUCGGAGCCGGCUGCAGGCUGCUGGCUGCUGGCGGCAGCUGUGUCUCCUUGGAGGAGAACAGAAGGAAGAGAACCGGGAAGGCUAGGCGAGAGAGCGCAAGAGGUGAGCCUGGCAGAGGAAAGGAAGAGCGCGUGCGCUUAUUAUUAUUGUUAUUGUUGUACGGGGCCAGGAGGUGUUUUGCGAACCAAGGGGGUUUGGAGGGUUAAUUUCCCUGCUUCUCGCACCACAGUUCGGCGCUGUGACUGGAGUCCGGGCCGGAGCAGCUGUUGCGCCGAGAGGGUGCAGCUGCUGAGUUUGAUAACCAUAGCAACCACAUCAGCACCGCCAGCAUCCUCCGCGCUCCUCCUCUCUCUCCUCCCCCGGUGGUGGCGGUGGGGACAGAGCCUCAGGAUCUCACCGCUGCCUCGGACUGCAGUCUGCCGGCUGCUUUGCCUCUUCUUCUUGGGGCCUCCCUAUUCUCCCUGCCUUCCUCCCUUUCAUGGUCCACACUGCCGGAGCCUUUUCGCUAAGAGAAAGGGAGAGAGGACCCAGGAGGGAGAGUGCACGGGGUGUCUGGAAGAGUUGACAGAGGUGCACUGCAGAGGGACGCUUCAACCCAGGUGAUGACCGGAAAAGAUCAUGUCUGAAGUACAGGGAACGGUUGAGUUUUCUGUAGAGCUACACAAAUUCCACAAUGUGGAUCUCUUCCAGCGAGGGUAUUACCAAGUCAGAGUUACCUUGAAGGUCCCCUCAAGAAUUCCCCACAGAUUGAGUGCCAAGAUUGGUGGGCAAAAAGAGAACUCCCAACUGGGUUCUGCCUGUGUCCAAGAGAAUACCGUGAACAGCCGGAUAUUUCAGAUCUUGUACAGGAAUGAAGAGAUUGUCAUUAAUGAGUCGAUGACCUUUCAAGUGCAUUUGCUCUUAGAUGGUGAAAGGGUUGAAGAUGCUUUAAGUGAAGUAGAAUUCCAGCUCAAGUUGGACCUUCAUUUUACAGACAGUGAACAGCAGGCAAGGGAUGCUUCGGGGAUGCCAACCAUCAGUAGCCGUACACUUGGCCUCCACUUCCAGCCUCGAAGCGGACUGCACCAUCAUGUCCCUGUAAUGUUUGACUAUUUCCACCUAUCUGUGAUCUCCGUGACAAUCCAUGCCUCACUGGUGGCCCUGCAGCAACCAUUGAUCAGCUUUACACGCCCAGGGAAAGGAUCAUGGCUGGGUAAAGGCAGCCCAGAGGGAAGUUCGGAACCAUCAAUUAUGUCCUUAGAAAGCCUUGUCUUUGGAGCUGGCUACUGCAAACCUUCUUUCUCAGAGGGAAGCUUUUAUACACCCUCUGAGAACUGUAUGCAACAUGCAUACAAAUGGCACCGGGAUCUAUGUCACCUUCUCUUGAAUACAUAUAAAGAACUACAUAUUUACUUCCUCAUCCUUAUGAAGGACAUCCCAGAUUUUCCACGGAAGAAGCUAGAGAAACUUGCUGUUGAAGAAACAUUAUCUCUCCUUUGUUCAGAGCUACAGCUGAUGAACAAUCCAGAGAAGAUAGCUGAGCAGAUAAGUAAAGACCUCACUUGGCUUUGCUCUCACCUCUUGGAACUGUGGACCCAGUUUCUGGAAGUGGUGUCACUGAACCCUGAAGUCACAACAUAUCUCAACAAGGAGCACCAUGCUUUGAGGGUCAGAAGAUUUUCAGAGGCUUUCUUCUAUAUGGAACACCAAAAGCUUUCUGUCUUGACAUUUCAGGAAAGUGUGAUCCAAAAACAAAGUCAGAUUGCUUUGGAAGUUCGGAAUUCGGAAUACUUCACCAGCAUGCCUCCCCUUCCAGCAGAAUGCCUAGAUAUUGAUGGAGACUGGAAUACCCUACCUGUUAUUUUUGAGGACAGAUAUGUGGAAUGUCCUGGGAAAGGGAAUAAUUUGAAACAUUUCCCCAAUGCUGGUGCUGCUGUUAAAACUACCCUGAAAGCAGGACAAAAGGAAAAAGAGAAAGAUCGACUUUCACUUGCCAAUGCAACAUCUGAGAAAACAACAUACAGGGAAGAUGCUUCUUUACCAAGCAGCUCUGGACCAGAGUAUAUGUGCCCCGGGACGAGCGGGGAAGUUUCUGUGGACACCUACUUACCCUAUAGCUCAGAAUCUCAGGUAUACUUGACAAUUGGUGAAUCCCAGGAUGAAAUGGGUUUACUUGAAGAGCAUCCAACAGUUUCAGCAGAGGAUCCUGGAACUGACUUCAAGCCCAUCGUUUUAGCACAUCCUGCAAUAGACAUGAGCAGACCGGAGCAGAAUGUGGCUGGAGAUAAUAAUCUGGCAUCUUGCUUGACAUAUAUUGAAAUGAACCCCAGCAAUAAGCACCCUGAUAAUGGUGAACCUGGGUUAGUAAUUGCCACUCAUUAUGAGACCAGGUCACCUAUAGAUAAUUAUAUCAGGACUGUAUCGGAGGAAGCAGCUGCAUUUCCUGUCCCUGAGGAUGUUGUCUCCACAGACAAAGUUGUGUUAAACGAAGUGAGCAAGGAGGAGAAUGGAGCCAAUAAGGCCACACUGCUAUCCAAGAAACAUUGUCCAGUGAGCUUGAUUGAUCCAUUAAGUCCAACACCAAGGGAUCCACUCGAUGUGAAGUCAUUGGCGAGGGAUCCAAACAGUAAAGAACGUGAAGUGUUAUCAGCACUGUCUGGGACCAUCAAACGCUCUUCUUCAGUGAUCUCUGACUCUGGCAUUGAAAGCGAGCCAAGCUCUGUUGCUUGGUCUGAGGCCCGUAGCAGGGCUGUGGAAUUGCCCAGUGACCGAGAGGUCUUGCACCAACUUGUGAGAAGGCAUGCUGUCCACAGAAAUUCCUUAGAAGGUGGUCACACAGAAAGCAAUACAAGCUUGCCUAGUGGAAUCCAAGCUUCCCUCACCUCCAUUAACUCUUUGCCUUUUGAGGAAGAAGAAAGAGAGGUGGCACUUAACAAGCUGACUAAAUCUGUUUCAGCUCCUCAGAUAAAUAGCCCAGAAGAAUUGGCAGAGGACAAUGGCAUAUCCAGAAGUGACCAGUGCAAUUCAGAGACCUUGGAUGGACACUUUCAGAAAUACCUUGAAGACAACCCAGAUGAGAGCAAAAGCAUAGACUCCAUUAGGGACUUUCCGGGGUUUCAAAGUGACACCCCAAAGCAUGACUGUGAAGUGUGUAAUUCACUAGUAGAGAUGGUUUUUGAUACAGAUCAACCACAGGAAGAUAAGGGCUACAUGGACUUAGCAGAGGCUAAUGAAAAUCCACAUUUUCUUUUUGGGCACUGUAGUUUCACCUAUAGCGAACCGGUGGUGGAUGAAACAUCUUUUGUUGGAGGAGCCGAGUACUCCUCCAUGGCUAAAACCAAAGAAUUGAAUUUAGACAUAUUUCAUGUCUCUAAAGUAGAUGCUAUCCAGGAUGAUGUUUCUAAUACAGAUCUGUUGGAGACUCCAGAGACUGGGUCUGAGAUCUUGAAGACUGACAGUAACAUGUUUUCCAGCAUCAACAUCUCAGUCAUUGAGGAUUCCCCUCCAUCCCCACAUCAGGUGCCUGAAUUUUCCUGUAGUUCCUCUACAGAGACUGUCAGGCUAGAUACAAACACAGAGAAAAGUAGAGACUCUUCCACUGGUGAUGAUGCUUCUACCCAAGAAGGGUCCCAGAUUUUGCAGGAAGUUGAUCUGGAUGAGAUCACUGUGGUCCACCACAGCCAGGAAAUCCCUGACAAUGAUUACCAAUGUCUCGAAAACUUUGACUCUAAGCCUAUUGCCAAUAGCAACAAUUUCCAUUUUGCCAGUACAGAGGCAUUAGCACUGGACACAAGAAAGGCUGUGGAGGUGGUUAAUUUGUCUGUGUCCUGCACAGCCACAUGUCUUCCUUUCUCCUCAAUGCUUAAAGAAGCUCCUGCCAAGGGUGGACUUUCUUCUAAACAAAACCCAUUCCCAAUUACCCACCAGCCUGUGGGUUCUUUUGGGGUGGUCUCAUGUGAGAGAAGAAAUUUUGAGGAAGAAAUUAAUGAAAGAAUGUUUAGUUUUUAUCAGGCCAAAGAGAAAUUUAAAAAAGAACUGAAGAAUGAAGAAUGUCUGUACAGUGACUUAUCUGUACUAGCUUCUGACUUGCCAUAUUUUCCACCAGAGGAAGAGGAAGAAAACUUGGAAGAUGGGAUUCACCUGGUUAUUUGUGUCCACGGAUUAGAUGGUAACAGUGCAGACCUCCGCUUGGUAAAAACUUUUAUUGAACUGGGCCUUCCUGGAGGAAAAUUGGACUUCUUGAUGUCUGAGAGGAAUCAGAGUGACACGUUUGCUGACUUUGAUACAAUGACAGACCGAUUACUAGAUGAGAUCAUUCAGCAUAUCCAGUUAUAUAAUCUCUCCAUUUCUCGAAUCAGCUUCAUUGGCCAUUCCCUUGGCAACAUCAUCAUCCGAUCGGUAUUGACUCGGCCUCGUUUUCGGUAUUACCUCAACAAGCUCCACACCUUCCUGUCUCUCUCUGGACCACACCUGGGGACCCUUUACAACAAUAGUACUCUUGUUAGUACAGGUUUGUGGCUAAUGCAAAAGCUGAAGAAAUCUGGAUCCCUUUUACAGUUGACCUUCAGGGACAAUACAGAUUUGCGCAAAUGUUUCCUGUACCAACUGAGCCAAAAGACAGGCCUUCAGUACUUUAAAAAUGUUGUAUUGGUUGCUUCUCCUCAAGACCGGUAUGUGCCAUUUCAUUCAGCAAGAAUCGAAAUGUGUAAAAUGGCUCUCAAGGACAGGCAUACAGGUCCAGUUUAUGUUGAAAUGAUCAACAACCUUCUCCAGCCUCUGAUUGAGGCCAAGGAUUGCACUGUAAUUCGUCACAACGUGUUCCACGCUCUGCCCAACACUGCCAAUGCCCUGAUCGGCCGAGCUGCCCACAUAGCUGUGCUGGAUUCCGAACUGUUCCUGGAGAAAUUUUUCCUGGUUGCAGGGCUCAACUACUUCAAAUAAUGGAUUUAGGGGAAUCAGUUGGGCCCCUGAGUAACACCUCAAAAAGCAAAGAGUGCACUUUUUUCAGUAUCAUCCUGACCCUUAGCUGAAACAUACAGCUUUUUAGACUUGGGAGGCCCAUGCUAAACAUUGAGAUAGGAGCACCAUUUGCAUUUUCAAUGGAGAGUGGAAAGGAGGAAGCCUUUUGGGGGAUGAUUAGAAAUAAUGAAGCUGCUCCUAUCUUGGUUUAGGGAAGCCAAGAAAACUGUCAUUUACCAAAUUAUAGAUUGUCAUUAGGCUGGGGACUCCACAGGAACAAGAAGAAAAACAAACAAGUAUUGGGAGAGAGAUGGUAGGACCAGUGUCAUAAUCUCAAUAGUAUAGAACAAUGGCUUUCUCCCCCAUUUAACUUGAUUUGUCCAAAGCAUUACCAGCUUGAGUGUUUGUGGGUUGAUACAAGUGCAUAGAAACAUUUCAGAACUCAGGUUAAAACUUCUUUUAUGUGUGUGUAGAACUGGAGAAUAUUUAUGUGCAAAGAAUCCUUUAUAAAUUCUUUUGUGCCAUCUCUGUUUAAAAAAAUGUGAUCUCCAUUCCAUCAUUCUUUUUCACUUUUUCUCAAUGUGGUUAUAUGGGGGUAUUCUUCAUAAAACCUUUUAUUUUUUUGAUGGUGGGGGGUUGGAACAUGAGGGAGGGAGAGAGCUUUAAGGUAGUUCAUCUAUAAUCCUAAGUAUUCUGAAGAUAAAUUACCCAUGAAGAAUAUAAUAGGCCAGAUGGUCCAGAUACCAUAUUUCUGGAUCCCUACUUAAAUUGCUGAUCUAAUCCAUAUUUUUGGCAUUGGUAAUGUUGACAUCUUUGUUUUUGGCAAUAUAAUUUACUUACAAGAAACUAGAAUAACUGAACUCAAAGAAGAACCUACAGUAUAUAGAGUUAAUGAAUCAUUGGUAUCAUACAAAGAAAUACCAACUUACCACCUAAUGCCAUUGGGGGUGGGAAUCAAAAACAAAACGGAAGAGAAUUAAAAUUGCCAACUGUUCCUUCUUCAUAAGGAAACAAAGGCAUCCAGAUUAAGGGUAAUGAACUGAACCCCAAUCUAAGUGCAAGGAGCACAUGCCUUGUAUCUUUUAAAUACAGUGUCAUUUUAAAAACUUAUUCAGGUGACAAUACGGAAAGAGCUGGCAAAAUGGCAAGAUGAUUUCAGAAUAGAUAUGGAGCAAUGUGUUGGGAAUGAGGUUCAAAUCCCAGUUCCACUACUUAUUAGCUGUGUGAUUAUAAGUAAGUCACUCAACCUCUGUGAGCUUUAGCUUCCUUGUCUUUCAAUAAGGACUUGGACCUCUAAAUUAGUUGCCAUCUCUAUGAAGCCUUUGAAGACAGGGGUUAUUUCUGUGUGACUUAAAAGAUCAUUUAUAAGUGGCUUGAGAAAGGACAUUUAAAACAUCAUAUUUGAUCUGGUCUUAUUCCUACUAAAGAAUUGAGAAUAUAUUGAAUGCUGGCUGAAUGAGGUUUUUUUUUUAAUUUUAAAUUAAGUGAAAGUGAUUUAAAAGUCCAUGUCAGAGGAUAUUUCCUUCGAAAGCCUAUGGAGAACAAAGACUUCAUGCUUUUACCCUGCCAGAAUCCCAUUCAUCAACAGUGAAAAAAUUCUUCAAGAAAACUUAGUGAAGCUAAGUUCCAAGUACCCAAAUUACAAAAUCAAAACCAAAACCAAACAAACAAAAAAACUGGUACACUGUUUCUUUUGAAUGUAUUGAAAAACAAAACAUGGACAGAGCUAGUAAAGAGAAAGAAAACAUGGCUCAAGAAACAUGAGUACUUCUUUGGAAACUCUUUUUAAAAUGAUAAACUGAGACUUGGGCUUUAAAAGAUCAUUAAAACAUUCAUGGGGUCAGUGUUUAGAUUAUUUUUUUUAAUAGGGGCCAGAGAUAUGGUGAAAGAAAAGGCAGCCACCCCAAAGACUGAGUUAGUUUUAGCUCAGAGAUGUUAUUUCUGAGUUGUGUUCCAUUAACCUCACAGAAGUGUGUGGUUACAAAAAAAAUAAAUCAUAGAGCUUGAAGUACCUGUAAAAAAAAUAGAAUGUUAAGGCUGAAAAGGACUCGAGUACAAAGUAUGUUAUGAAUUAAAGGGUCCUUAGAAUUUAACAUGUUAAAAUAUAAUGUCACAGCUGAAAGAAUUUUGGGGAGCAUGUUUCAGUCCUCUAAUUUGAGAGAUGAGGAAAUUGAGGCUCAUAAGGGUUAAGUGACAUCCAGGUAGGCACAGAUAAUAAGUUCCAGAGCCAGAACUUCCUUUGAAUUUACUCCUGGCUACAUAGAGUCAGAAGGGCUAAAGUUGAUUAUAAGCAAAUAAUCAUCUCCCUAGUGAUCAGUUCAAUCUCUGGCUCUCUUUCUUUUUAGGAGAUAAUGUCUAUGAGGCUCAUGGAAUUAUAUUCUCUCUGAAUGUCCAGCACUCUGGAUUUCAUGAUGCAUGUUCACCCCAGAAGAAGGGCUCACAAUUGAUAACAAUGUCCCCAUCUUGGCCAAAUGCAUUCUUUCCCAUCAACACAUCAGUCUUGCCAUUGCAUGUCUAUGAACCUGUCUGUGAAAUGUGUCAAUGUGUGUGAUCAUUUGAAGGCCCUCAGAGCCAGUGGCUAUAAAGCCUUCAUGAAUCCAAGUAUUGUCCGUUUAAAAUUAAUAAGAUUUUUUAAGAAAAAUCUCCUAUGUGCUGCCUAAACCAACUGAUAAAAAUACUGGCAAUAAUAAAUAGUUCAGCAAUGUGA